CGUCAACAUUCACCUGUGCGCACGCGGCCGCGGACUAUGAGGACCGUGCGUAAUGUUUAACGCCGUACACCAAGGUCGGAAAUACGUCCCCACGCGCCCUCCCACCGCAGACGGCUCUCCGUUAACCGUACAGCCUCUCCACAUCAGCAGGACACCGGUCACGCUGCGGGACGCACCGGAGGCAACGUGGCCGCCGCCGGGUGCGAAGAUGCGCGUGUCUAAGGACGGGAAAGGCGGGGUGGUGGUGAAAGCAGUCCGGCGGCACCCCUCCCCUCAGCCGGCCAGCCUGGAGAGUCUGGAGGCGGCCUGGAGCGACAGAGGACACCCGGAGGGGAAGACACCCAGCCCGGACGGAAAACACGGCAAAGCAGAAGGGGCCAGGAACGGCCUGGAGGCGCAGGGAGGAGGACCCCCCAGGGCCAGGAAGAAGGGCUUCAGACCCCCCGAUGUGAGGACCAUCUUCUCCCCCGGACAGAAGGACCCCAGGGUGAAGGAGGAGUCCGGGGAGGGGCACGCGUUCGGGCCCGGCGGUGAGGGCACCUGGUGUGAUGUGUGCUGCCACUACAUCCUCAACCACGGACUCACCUGCACAGGUUGUAAAUAUGCAUGUCACACCGCUUGUCGAGACAGAGUGUCACUGGACUGUCAUCCUGCAGCUUCACCCAUCAGCCCAGACCACAUAAACAACAACAACACACAGCAACAUGAUGUAGAAAAGGAGAGAGAGCUGCGGACGGAGUUCAGCAGAGAGGAAAUCAGGCAGAGGAUCGAGAUCUACAACUCCCUGACCAAAGACCACCUAAAAAUGACACUGGGUCCUACUGGUGUUUAUACUGGCUUCAUCAAGGUCCAGAUGGAUCUGAGGAGGCCAGUGACAGUUCGGGGGGGUCAAACGGGAGCAGGGGGAGCCGUGGUUGAAGAAGCCUUUUAUCUGCCCCGGGGAGUCACCAACACACUCCACAUCAGCUCCAUUAACACAGUCAGACAGGUGAUCGUCGCCCUGCUGAACAAGUUCACCGUUGCAGACAACCCGGCCAAAUACGCCCUGUACAAACGCUACCACAGGGAGGAGCAGGUGUAUGUGUGUAAGCUGGCGGAUGGCGAGCAGCCGUUGUUUCUCCGUUUGGUGGCGGGACCAGACGUCGACACACUCAGCUUUGUACUGAGAGAGCAGCAGACCGGAGAAGUCAUGUGGGAUGCGUUCUCCAUCCCAGAACUGCGUAACUUCCUGCGGAUUCUGGACAAGGAGGAGGAAGAACAGAAGGAGGCCGUGAUUCGCCGCUACGAUACAUAUCGCCAGAGACUGCAGGAGGCACUGAGGGAGCUCAGAGGGCCUUCGUAGAGAAUUAAAACCUCCAUUUCAUAAGACUUCAAGAGGAAUGUUGGAGGUGUUUUUUAAAGCCUCCUCUUAAAUGUUGAGAGAGGGACGGAUGCAAACCCAGAAUGAGAGGAGAUGAUCCAGGAGCUCAAGGGAGGAUACAGAUGGACAGAUUUGGAAAAGCCCUGAGGAAAACAAAAACUGAGAACGUGAAGGACAAGCAAAACACAAAUGAAUGGUUGAGAAACAUUUCGAGGCUGCCUGAGUCUGAUUCAGACUUCAGCUCGUUGCCUGCUCUGCUCCGUCUGCCUGAACUCACCAAAGAUUCACUCUGAUUAUCAACGUGCCAUAAUAUCACUUGUCCUCCUGUCUUCCUCUGUCCGUCCAUCCCUCUCUUCUUCUACUUCUUCUUCUCUUACUCUGUCCAGCUGUCACAUAAUUUAUGCAGAUUAUUCAAUUCCUCUUUAUUUUCCACAUUUUAAACUUGUGAAACACUCAAGGCCAUAUGUUGAGUUAGAGUUUUAUUUAAUUUGUUUGUUGCAAAGGUGUGUACAUAUUUUUUCUUAAUUUAUAUGGGUGAAGCUUUUUAUUGUUUUUUUUUUUUCCUUAUAAAAGUCUUAUAUUAUUUUUUAUCUUUUUUUUUUUCAAAAGGCGGAGCAACAAUCUGGUUAUUGACACAGACACAGAGAAUAGUUUAUCCAAUCUUCUACUAGAAGAGCAUUAAACACCACUGGAUAAAGGAUUCACAAUUAAAGAUCACAAAAACACACAGGAACUUUAGUCAUAAGGGAAUAACCUAUAUGUUAAGUGUGGUUCAGUCUGAAGAAAUAAGUGUAAACAGGAUAAGGAGUCUGAAAUGCAUUCAGUCUAAUGAGUGCCAACAGAGUAACUAUAGGCUUUACUUUAUUUUGAAAUCUCAAAACUAAAGAUCAAAAUUUGAAAGAAAAAUUUAUAUGGUCCAUUUACCACUGUCUAAUUUAUUUGUUUCUGCUUAAUUUUGUCUCUUUUUACAUAUAUUAUAUACUUAUGUCAACAUAGUGUAAGUCUUGUUAUUGAUAAACAGCAAAUAUUGGCUUUUUUUUUAAAAAUCUGUAAUUACUUCUUUGACAUAGUUUUUUUUCUCACUCAAGGCUGAUCUGAGUCUGCGUACUGUACAUGAAGCUUAAAAGACCGAAGAAAUAGCUGAGCUUUGAGUUUCAUGUGUCUGAAAAUAGACUGAAAAGGACACAUUUUGCCGAAAAAGGAAAAGGACUGAAGGUUUAAAUGUAAGUUUUUGAGCUGAGGAAGAAGGUAAAUCUGUAAAAGCAUUGCUGUAAAAGUGAGGAUGGUGAUGGUGGGAUUUUAAGCCUUUGUUUGCAUUUUCACACUAUGAGUGGAGUUUGACGAAGCGUAGACUGAACAGACUGGCACAGUUUAGACAAGGGCUGAGAAUGGACUGGUUUCUGUAAGUUGACUAAGCGUUUUAGAGGAAGUAAAAGAGAAAUAUUAGAUGGAGGAAGGAUGAAACAAGUGAAAAACAGAGGAUUAGUUUUGUUUUGAAACAGUGUAGGGAAUACACGGGAGAGAAGUGUGAGCAACCACAAGUCAACAAGACUAAUGGUAUGUUCCCAUUUGGCCUCUAUAAAGCCUCCUUUAAUCCAAGGCUGAGACAGAGCGAGGUCUGUAGGUGCUGAUAGCUGCAGAGGCUUUGUCUCCUCUGUGUCCUGCUCAUCUGUCUGCAGGCGUUCACUGAAUUUGCCUCUGUUGCUGUCCUUAUCUUAAGUUUAUACCUGCAGCCUUGUCCUCCUGUGGAAAGUGGAAAAAUAUUACAGAAGAAACAAAGAAAGAGAGAAUGGGUUGUUGCAAGGGAAGGAGAUAGAAGUGAAGUAUAGAGAGAAAGAAAAUUUCAGAUAAAUGUGCAUCAGUAAGUGCAAAAGUGGAGUUUCUGCAGCUGAUUGUAAGGUCAUUAAAGGCCUGUGGGUAGUCAGAUGCCUUAAACUGUGUGUGUGUAGUGUAGUCUUCCUUAUAUAGCAUAAUGUUAAUGGUUUGUAUGGACAUGUAGGUUUUUUCAGACAUUUUCGACAAAAAUGUAGUUCUAGGCUUUGUAAAUCUGAUAUUUUGUGAUCAUAUGCACAACAAAUCACAACAUUAUAUUUUAUCUAAGAUGUAAGUUGCUGCAUGUACUGUAUGAAGUCAGGCUGAUGGUGCUGCAGAGCAUGUCUGUAGAAACUUGUACUCUAGAAUAAUGCUGCCAUCUAGUGGACACAACUGCAACUAUUCUCCUUUCUGUGUCAAGUAUACCAUAUUACAGCUGUCUAUUUUAUUAUUUUAAUUUUUCCUUUAUAAUAACCAAAGAUAUUUUUGUGCUGUUGCCUGGAGCAAAUAAUAUUAGAGGCCUCAUCCCACUGGAGGGAAAUAUAUAUAGUUUUAUUUAAAGGGUUUUAACCCUCAAAUAUUCUACGAUUAAACACUGGGUUAGUAUAUUUUAAGUGAUACGAAAGUCUGCAUGCAAACAGUUGAUUGAAUCUUAAAGCCAUGUUGUUGUGUUUGUACCUGAUAAAGAAGUUUAACUGAUGAAAUAGCAUCAUACCAGACCAGUUGUAUCAACAAAUUUAUCUCUUUUUGGGCACUUUACCUUGAAUUCAGGGAAGACGGGUUUAUGAUUUUUUUUUUUUUUUUUCUCCUGCCUACAAACCACCGUCAUCACACUCUGAAUUUUAUCUUAAAAUGUAACACACUAUCUUAUUUUGAUAGAUUUCUUGUUAAGCUCCACUCAUAACUUUAUUUUUUUAGGAAGUACAGUGUGACAGAAGUUGAUUUUGCUCAUAUGUUAAGCUCGUUAUUUUAUGUCUCCAUAUGUUUUUCUCUGAGUUAGCUGUAGACUGUGAAAUGUUCUGCAUGUGUUCUACUCUGUGUCUUUGUAUACAUAUGUGCUUACUGCACACACUACUGGGCUAUUUAACAUUAAAACAUGCGUUGUGGUAUUUAAAACAGCAGGCCAGAUGACGCUGAUGCUGUCUGAUCAGCUGGUAAUAGAAUGAGGCUUGUUGAUCUCCUUAAAUGUUUUAGUCCAGGACUGUUACUGUAUGAAGAGCUGAUGUGUGAUACCUGAUUAUAUUCACAUGUUUUGUUUUAAUGCAGUUCAGUCAUAACUAGAGACAGAAAGCUACACAUUAGGUUCCCUCUUGUGUUGUCACAUCUUCAUCAGCUGAUGAGAGCUGUUGCAUCCAGUUGUUAUGGGUACGGGACAUGCAUACAUGGAACUACAGCGACUCUCAGUGAGGUGAUAGGAGGUGGUCUGCAGAGAUCUGAAAUCUGGUUCCAGUAACUGACUCCCUCCACUGAUGACAGCCAUGAGUGAGUGGAAGCUCUGGAAAAACACCUUAAAGUGGACCUGGAUAUUUGUCAGAUUGGCUGAACUGAAGCAGCAAAGCAUGCUAUAAAAGGUGCUGUUGAUUGUUUGCCUAGCAGCUACUUUUUAUUUUCUGUUCUCAAAUGCAACCAUUUUUGUGCUUUACUUAAAACAAAAAAUAUCCAUCUACUUGUGAUUCUCCAAGAGCUUUCAGACACAUCUGGAUGAGUUAUUGUUAAAGUGGCUUAAGUGUCUAAUGAGCACACAUAUAACAUAAUCAUGAGCUUACACAGUCAGUGGUGGUUUCAGUGUUCAGGAUGUCUUUUUCCUUUAUAGAACAACGUUUCAACAUGUCAGUGUGAACAUAACUUUAAAAUGUCAGCAUUAAUGGUAUAAUGUGACACCAGUGACUAUAUAUAAGACACAGUAAACUCAGUCUGUUUUGUAGACUCAUUUUACUCCCAUGUUCAUAUUUAUGAGUAAAAGCUCCUGAACUGGUAUUAAAUGGAGCCUCUGAGUCUGAGAUUGUUUUUAAGCUCGUGGGUGAGGCCAGCGGGGUCAGUUUGACAUGUUUAGUUUGAUCUCUGUCUCUAGUUUGAACAACCACAAACUGUUAAAUGCCAAAGAUCUGCGUGUAGCUCUUCUGCGAUUUAUUGCUUCUUUUAUAUUCUUGAUUUCCCUGCAUACAGGGGCUGAUCACUAAGGAACAGAUGCUCUGGGAUCCAUCAAGUUUAUCUCAUGUGACUGAUUCCCUGUAAGCGUUUGAGUACAAAAACACAAAGUUCACCCUUAUUUAGCACUAGAGGAUAAAAAUGGUCACAGGUUUUAAUUUCAGACUGCGCUCCAAAGUCCAAAACUAAUGUCAAAUAAAGCAGCAGAAGGAUCAGUAAUCCUCUAUCUCUAUCUGUUCUGCUCCAGUUGUGUUAACUUGUGUUGAGUUUUGGUCUUUAGAGCUCCGUCUUUAACGCCGUGGCCUCUGCAGUGCCUUCCUGAAGCUGAACAGCAACAGAAGAGGAGACGCAGACAGAAACACACACUGCAGAACAGAAUGAGCAUCUCAUCAGAUGCUGCUUAUUUCUCACAAACCAGAACUGAGGCAGGUUUAUUUUUGUAGGUUUUUUUUUUUUUUUUUUUUUUGGUUUCUCUUUGAAUCGUUGUCAAAUGUGGCCUUUCUUUGUGCAAGGCGGGCUGCAUCUAUUAAAAAUUAAACUGAAAAACAAAC